CAUCACCCCCCCCCUCUCUCUAUAGCAUUGCUCCAUUUCUCUCUCCUCGGGGAGCUUGCUGAGCUUGAGCUUUGGCCUCAUCUUCUUCCUCCUCCUCGUUGCUUUUGGCUUUCUGGGGCUAUAUAAGCUUUGUGAGGAGAGUGGAAAGGGGAGAGAGAGGAGGAGGAGGUCUCGGGGCGGCGAGUUUGAACCCCCACCAAAAACCCCAUCUUUCUUUUGCCUUCCCUCGCUGCCGCUUUCAAUUCGCAGCUUGGUGUUCUUCCCCGUCUCCCGAUCAAAUGCGGCGAGAUCUGCGCGCGUGACGCCGUCGGCGCAUCAAAGACCGCUCCUUCCUGAUCGAGGGGCGCCGGCUUCUUGGAUCUUCCUGGUGCUGGUCUUGGUCAGCUCUCUGCGUCGCCGCGCCACCGGUCGCCGGAAGCUGACGGCCCUGCCGCGGGAGGAUGGAUCAGUACGAGGUGCUGGAGCAGAUUGGGAAGGGGGCAUUUGGCUCCGCGCUGUUAGUGAGGCACAAGGUGGAGAAGAAGAAGUAUGUGCUGAAGAAGAUACGGCUUGCGCGGCAGACCGACCGCACUCGCCGUUCUGCCCACCAGGAGAUGCAGCUUAUUGCAACAGUGAGGAAUCCGUUCAUCGUGGAGUACAAAGAUUCAUGGGUGGAGAAGGGUUGCUAUGUCUGCAUUGUUAUAGGUUAUUGUGAGGGAGGAGACAUGGCUGAAGCUAUUAAAAGAGCCAAUGGCACAUAUUUCUCUGAGGAGAAGCUUUGCAAGUGGCUUGUGCAACUUCUCAUGGCUCUUGAUUAUUUACAUGCAAAUCACAUUCUUCACCGAGAUGUCAAGUGCUCCAAUAUUUUCAUCGCCAGAGAUCAAAGCAUAAGACUUGGUGACUUUGGGCUUGCAAAAAUAUUGACUUCUGAUGAUCUGGCAUCUUCUGUAGUAGGAACACCAAGUUACAUGUGUCCAGAACUUCUUGCUGAUAUACCAUAUGGUACCAAGUCGGAUAUUUGGUCUCUAGGAUGUUGUAUAUAUGAAAUGACUGCACUCAGACCUGCAUUUAAAGCUUUUGACAUGCAAGCUCUGAUUAAUAAAAUCACAAAAUCGAUAGUCUCACCAUUACCCACUAAAUAUUCUGGUGCCUUUAGAGGACUUAUCAAGAGCAUGCUGCGGAAAAGUCCAGAGCACAGACCUAGUGCUGCACAACUGCUCAAGCAUCCACAACUUCAGCCUUAUGUGCUUCAAGUUCAAUUGAAAUCUAGUCCUACUCGCAACAUACUUCCUAUCCAUCAAUCUUUGACUGACAAAGUUAAGAAGAUGACGUUUCCUGGUGAUGUGGCUGAUUCUGCACACAGAAGAAUGGCCAGGAGAAUCUCUUUGGGAAAUGAGAGGACCGUGACAUUUAGCAAGCCAUCUCCUGAACGGAAUUCAGUUAGCUCUACACGGAGCAUCAAAGAAUACACAACCACUCAGAAUGUCAAAGAGCUCUCCGUUGACAGUAGUGAGGCUGGGGACGAGGUUACCAGUAAAGCUGUCAUAACGAAGACGUCAAGCAUCCUAAGGACUCCCAAGAGCUUGCCAGCCAAGACUUACACAACUAGAAAUCAGCUUGAACCUCCCAAAACAUCUUAUAUCAGAACACACCGAUCUGAGCUGCCCUCAAGAACAACUCCAAACAAAAGCACUCGACCAGCUAGAAGAGCAUCACUCCCGCUGUCAACAUAUGAAACACCCAACAAGCGCAGCAUCAGCAUUUUGGAACAACUAGACUCCCCUGAUGUCUCUGUGAAUGCCCCUCGAAUCGACAGAAUUGCAGAAUUCCCACUGGCGUCGUCCGAGGACCCCUUGCUUCCCAUCCACAAGCUCUCUCCUGCUCAUGGCUCGUGCUCCACGCCUCCAUUUAUCAACCGUUCAAUCACCAAGGACAAAUGCACAAUCCAGGUGUUACGCACGGACGGGGACAACGGGAGCGACUCCUCAGGUCGCAAUGCCACAGCUGCCUCAAGCCGUGGAUCCAAUGACUCUAGACAGCAGCGGUUCGACACUUCGUCAUUCCAGCAGCGUGCUGAGGCCCUGGAAGGGCUGCUGGAGUUCAGCGCGCAGCUGUUGCAGCAGGAGAGGUACGAAGAGCUGGGCAUCCUGCUGAAGCCAUUCGGCCCGGAGAAAGCGUCUCCCAGAGAGACAGCCAUCUGGCUCACAAAGAGCUUCAAGGAGACGGCAUCGUAGCGCCAUCUUGUUCAGGCGUGUCUAAAAUCGCCAGUUCUGUCAUUUGUAAUAUAGCUCAGGUAGUGGUAAACAAUACUAGGAUUGAGACUUUAGCUGUUGGGAGGCAACACCAUCUCAGUGUUGCUGUUUAACUCAAAGUCUACUUCUAGCUCUAGCUAGUUUCCAGUUUUUACUUUCUAGUAGGGAUCAGCAAUCAGGCAACCAUCAUCAGCAUCAGCAUCAGCAGUAGCAGGUGUAGUAGCAGAAUUGUAAGUUAAACUCAGGAUCUUGGAAGAUCUUAGACCUCUGUAAUCAUCUGGCACCUGCAAUCAUGCAGUACUAAAAAUGUAGGGUUAAGGAUCCAGUUGGCAGCAGGCUGGGUGGGGUCUCCAGGCUUAUUUCUUUGAGCAAGGUUGGGGUAUCCUAUGCCAGGAUCUCCAGAUUCAUCUUACUGAGACUUACACUACACUAUACUGAUCUUGCUCUCUGUCUGUCUCAGGCUCAGCAAACCCCACCUAAUCAUAAGAAGAGAGAAAUCUAUGUUACCCAGAUGCAUGCAUGGAAGCUGUGCAGAUCAUGUAUCACAUACCAUGUACCUACCCUGGCCUUUGUAAGCUAGACCUUAACACCUGCUUCCUUCGUCCCAAUACCCUGUGGUUGAAUUUGCAUGCU